AUGAGCGCUCCCACCGAAAAGCAGGCCCAGGUCUACCUGGACGACGAAAAUAAGCACCAGGAAAAGACCGCGGGCGACAAUGUCGCCAAGCUCCACCUCAACGAGGAAGAUGGCAGUCUCGGCGAGACGGGCGAUGAAGACGCGCCCCCCGCGGUCGUCAUUCCUUGGAAGUACCGUCUCGCCGCCAUUGUUCUCAUCAUCCUCUUCGGUACCGGAAACACAUACGCUGGGUUCGUCUUGGGUCCUCUCAAGACCCGUCUGGUCCGUGAAUUGAAGAUUUCAAACGCCCAGUACAGUGUCAUCUCGUCAGCCUCGUCUCUCAUCAACACGCUGCUGCCGAUCAUUGGAGGCUCCAUCAUUGACCGCUACGGUGGCAGCCGCAUCGCACUCGGCUCCGCUGUGCUGUGUGUCGCUGGUACUGUCCUCAGCGCUUGUUCCUCAAUUGGCAACAAGUACACGCUCCUUGUUGGUGGCGAGAUUAUUCUCGGCUUUGGAUCUGCUGUCCAGGACAUUUGCCAGUACAAGCUGUAUCCGCAUUGGUUUGCGGGCUCGCACAUGGGCCUCAUCUUUGGUGUCAAUGUCGCGUGGAGUCGCAUCAUUCAGCUGGUGGCGCGCACCACGGCAGUGCCCAUGGCCAACAUUGGCCCAGGGAGGUACUGGGGGUGGGCGCUGUGGAUCCCGUGCAUCGCCACGGGCGCGUCGUCCAUCUGCGUCUAUGCGUACUACUUUUUCGAGAGCAAGAUCCUUCCCGCCGCCUACCGCCCUCCCAAGCCCGCAGUGCGCAAUGACAAGACACUCCUCCAGGACUGGGCCGACACCGUCAAGGGUAUUGUCCUCUUGCCAAAAUUCUACUGGAUCAUGAACGUCACACAGAUGCUUCAAGGUGGUGCGACGCGUGUGUGGCUCCGCAACGUUGCCGACAUCCAGGUCAAGUCGCGCGGCACGUCCGAGGAGGCAGCGGGCUACAACGCCGCCCUGCAGACUGUAAUCCCCAUCAUCCUCACCCCUGCCACCGGCCUCUUCUUUGACCGCAUCGGCUGGCGCAUGCUGUUUGUGACCACAACCUCGCUCAUCUGGCUUCUUGUCUGGGGUCUUGCAGGCUUUACAAAGGUCAACUUCCUCGCCCCUGUUCUCAUCUCGUCGUUUGCCUACGUCACGAACCUCAUCCCGUUCAUGGCGACCGUUCCCAUUCUGCUCCCCAACAACGAGCUGGUCGGCACGGCGUUUGGCGUGUGGCAGUCUUUCCAAAACGCGGGUACUCUGAUCAUGGACGUGGCCAGCGGUGCCAUCCAGGACAAUACCCCGGGGGCCCAGUACGACAAGGUGUUUAUUGUCAUCAUGGUCUUCAAGGCAUACGACGCGUUCCUGGGGCCGUUCUACGACUGGCUCGAUGGCCGUUGGCUCGGCCACCAGCUCCGCAUGCCCGAACGCAAGCGUCGCGACAAGCUCGUGCAACAGACCAUCGCGGGACAGACGUACGAGGGCCACAAACGCGAUCGCACCUGGACGACCAUUGGAUGCUCGGUCCUCUCGGCGAUGGUAGUCACUGGAUGGGCUCUCUACAUUAUUUACUCCAUGCCCCGCUAG